GCGGGCGGGGCCUUUCCGCUGCCAUCCGCGGUUCGGCGCUCGCUUCCUCGCCGCCGGGGCUGAGCGAAGGAAGAGGCAAGAUGGCGGACAAGGCGCCCGGCGGCUCGCAGAAAGGCAGUGGGAAGGUCAGAGCUCCGGAUGCAGCACAUAACACUGGGUCUGCUGAUACACAUCCUUUAAUGGAAAGUAAACUUAAAGCAUUCAGCAUUGGCAAAAUGAGUGCUGCCAAACGGACUUUGAGCAAGAAGGAACAAGAAGAAUUAAAAAAGAAGGAGGAUGAGAAGGCUGCUGCAGAAAUUUAUGAAGAAUUCCUUGCUGCGUUUGAGGGAAGCGAUGGCAAUAAAGUGAAAACAUUUGUAAGAGGAGGAAUUGUUAAUGCAUCUAAAGAGGAACAUGAAACCGAUGAAAAACGGGGUAAAAUCUAUAAACCUUCAUCACGAUUUUCAGAUCAAAAAAACCAACCAAGUCAACCAUCUAAUGAGAAGCCUCCAUCCCUCUUAAUGAUAGAAACCAAAAAGCCUACACUCCCCAAAAACAAACAAAAACAAACAACUUUGCCUGGGCCUUUGAAGAAAGGAGAGAAGGAAAAGAAAAAGAGCAAUCUGGAACUUUUUAAAGAAGAACUAAAGCAGAUACAAGAAGAGCGUGAUGAAAGACAUAAAACAAAAGGUAGAUUGAGUCGUUUUGAACCUCCCCAGUCGGAUUCAGAUGGUCAGCGUCGUUCAAUGGAUGCUCCUUCAAGAAGAAACAGAUCAUCUGGUGUACUGGAUGAUUAUGCACCAGGGUCACAUGAUGUUGGGGAUCCAAGCACAACAAAUUUGUACCUGGGAAACAUUAAUCCUCAAAUGAAUGAAGAGAUGUUAUGUCAAGAAUUUGGACGCUUUGGACCACUAGCGAGUGUUAAAAUUAUGUGGCCAAGAACUGAUGAAGAAAGAGCAAGAGAAAGAAAUUGUGGCUUUGUUGCAUUUAUGAACAGGAGAGAUGCUGAAAGAGCUUUAAAGAACUUAAAUGGCAAGAUGAUUAUGUCCUUUGAAAUGAAGCUAGGCUGGGGCAAAGCUGUGCCUAUCCCACCACACCCAAUAUACAUUCCACCUUCAAUGAUGGAGCAUACCCUCCCACCUCCUCCGUCAGGUCUGCCUUUUAAUGCCCAGCCUAGGGAGAGGUUGAAGAAUCCCAAUGCUCCAAUGUUACCCCCACCAAAAAACAAGGAAGAUUUUGAGAAGACUCUGUCGCAAGCCAUAGUCAAAGUGGUUAUCCCAACAGAAAGGAAUUUGCUCGCACUGAUACAUCGAAUGAUAGAGUUUGUGGUACGGGAAGGGCCCAUGUUUGAAGCCAUGAUCAUGAACCGAGAAAUCAACAACCCAAUGUUCAGGUUUCUGUUUGAAAACCAGACUCCAGCCCAUGUGUAUUAUAGAUGGAAGCUUUAUUCAAUUCUUCAGGGAGAUGCUCCAACCAAGUGGAGGACAGAAGAUUUCCGUAUGUUCAAAAAUGGAUCGUUUUGGAGACCACCACCACUAAAUCCAUAUUUACAUGGGAUGUCAGAAGAGCAAGAAACAGAGGCAUUUGUGGAGGAACCAAACAAGAAGGGUGCACUUAAGGAGGAACAGAGAGACAAGCUAGAGGAGAUUUUGCGUGGAUUAACGCCUCGAAAGAAUGAUAUUGGCGAUGCUAUGGUUUUCUGUCUAAAUAAUGCAGAAGCUGCUGAAGAAAUUGUAGACUGCAUUACAGAGUCGCUGUCAAUUCUGAAGACUCCUCUUCCCAAGAAGAUAGCAAGAUUAUAUCUGGUGUCAGAUGUGUUGUACAACUCUUCAGCUAAAGUUGCCAAUGCUUCCUACUAUAGAAAAUUUUUUGAAACAAAAUUAUGUCAGAUAUUCUCUGAUCUCAAUGCUACUUACCGUACAAUACAAGGCCAUUUACAGUCUGAAAAUUUCAAGCAACGGGUAAUGACGUGCUUCCGAGCAUGGGAAGACUGGGCAAUCUAUCCAGAACCGUUUUUGAUCAAACUACAGAACAUUUUCUUGGGGCUUGUAAAUAUCAUGGAAGACAAAGAAACAGAGGAAGUACCAGAUGAUCUUGAUGGUGCUCCCAUUGAGGAAGAGCUUGAUGGUGCUCCAUUAGAAGAUGUGGAUGGAAUUCCUAUUGAUGCUGCUCCUAUUGAUGAUCUGGAUGGAGUUCCUAUUAAAUCAUUGGAUGAUGAUCUUGAUGGAGUACCUUUGGAUACAGCUGAAGACUCAAAAAAGAAUGAGCCUAUAUUUAAAGUUGCUCCUUCAAAGUGGGAAGCAGUGGAUGAAUCAGAAUUGGAAGCUCAAGCUGUUACCACUUCUAAAUGGGAGCUUUUUGAUCAACAUGAAGAAUCUGAGGAGGAAGAAAUACCAAAUCAAGAAGAGGAAAGUGAAGAUGAGGAAGACACUCAGAGUUCAAAGUCUGAAGAGCAACACAUGUAUUCCAAUCCUAUUAAAGAAGAGAUGCCUGAGUCCAAGUCAUCAGUCAAAUAUUCAGAAAUGAGUGAAGAGAAACGUGCCAAACUCCGGGAGAUUGAGCUUAAGGUGAUGAAGUUUCAGGAUGAGUUAGAAUCUGGGAAGCGACCUAAGAAACCAGGCCAGAGUUUUCAGGAACAGGUUGAACACUACAGAGACAAGCUGCUCCAGAGGGAAAAAGAAAAGGAGUUGGAAAGAGAACGAGAAAGGGACAAGAAGGACAAAGAAAAAUCUGAUUCUAGGUCUAAAGAUAAGAAGGAAAAGGAGGAAUGUACACCAACAAGAAAAGAGAGGAAAAGACGGCACAGUGCUUCCCCCAGCCCGUCUCGCAGCAGUGGCAGUAGAAGAGCAAAAUCCCCAUCCCCAAAAUCGGAGCGCUCAGAGCGCUCUGAACGGUCCCACAAAGAGAGUUCCCGUUCUCGGUCAUCACACAAAGACUCUCCAAGAGAUGUCAGUAAAAAAGGCAAAAGGUCACCAUCUGGUUCCAGGACACCCAAAAGAUCAAGAAGAUCACGGUCGAGGUCCCCUAAAAAGUCAGGGAAAAAAUCCAGGUCUCAGUCCCGUUCUCCUCACAGAUCUCACAAGAAGUCAAAGAAAAGCAAACACUGACAAUGUUGAUAUUUUUUAUGAUGCUGUCACUUACUGGAAAUGCAGUUUUGUUUUUGUGCCUGAACAGUCUGUUUAAAAAAAAAAAAGGAAAAAGAAAAAAAAAACAAGGAAAGAAAAGGAAAAAAACCAACAAAAAAGCAUUCCUGAUUUUUUUUUUGUGAAUGCACGUGUAUACUCAUGAGUAUCUGCAUCUGUAGACCCGUCAUUGUUUUAUAUUGUACAAAAUAUCUUCCUUGUGACUAUUUCCCAAAUGAAACAUUUUUGUGUUUAGAAGUUUCAUCAGAUGUGUGUAACUGAUCUGCUGGCAGUAGUGAUAUUUUGUUUUAGAAUGUUGUGACAUAGCAGAAAUAACUCCAAUGUUCCCCCUCUUUUGUAGCUUUGACAAUUUGAAUUAGAUUUCAAAUAAAAUCUGAACAGAAAAUGAAGAUGUUGUUUUCUUGCCCCACUGGGGAUGCAGAUUUAUAAUGAAAUUCGUAGUUUGUGUGGAAGUACUGUGCAUUUCAGGCAUACUAUGGUGCAUAGGUUUUUGGUACAGUAAUAGCUGUUCCUGUUUCCUCUAGCUUGACUAUCCAGAUAAAAGCACCUUUUGAAUCCAGUGGUUGGAUUCUCCUUUCUGCCAUGAUAUUUUACUGUAAGAGCAGUUGAGCAGUCUGGUCCCAAACAUGAGCAGCUUUGCAAGUAGAUCUUUUGCUUGGUAUUUUGCUGUUUUAAUCCCAGGCAGUAUUUUUUCAAGCAGAGCAAUGUGGUUGUUCAUUUUUUU